GCAGAGCCGCGGGCGCGCGCAGGCAGCCGCCGCCGCCGCCGCCGCCGUCGCCAUGGGCUGCACCGUGAGCGCCGAGGACAAGGCGGCCGCCGAGCGGUCCCGCAUGAUCGACAAGAACCUGCGGGCGGACGGCGAGAAGGCGGCGCGGGAGGUGAAGCUGCUGCUGCUGGGUGCUGGUGAAUCUGGGAAGAGCACCAUUGUCAAACAGAUGAAGAUCAUCCAUGAGGAUGGCUACUCGGAGGAGGAAUGCCGGCAGUACAAAGCGGUGGUCUACAGCAACACCAUCCAGUCCAUCAUGGCCAUCAUCAAGGCAAUGGGGAACCUGCAGAUCGACUUUGGAGACUCCUCCAGAGCAGAUGAUGCUCGGCAGCUGUUUGCGCUGUCCUGCACUGCCGAGGAGCAGGGCAUCAUGCCAGAGGACCUGGCCAACGUCAUCCGGAGGCUGUGGGCUGACAACGGCGUCCAGGCUUGUUUUAACCGCUCCCGAGAGUACCAGCUGAAUGACUCUGCUGCCUACUACCUGAACGACCUGGAGAGGAUAGCCCGUGCCGACUACAUCCCUACCCAGCAGGACGUGCUGCGCACCAGGGUGAAGACCACAGGCAUCGUAGAGACCCACUUCACCUUCAAGGACCUACACUUCAAGAUGUUCGACGUGGGCGGUCAGCGCUCGGAGCGGAAGAAGUGGAUCCACUGCUUCGAGGGGGUGACAGCCAUCAUUUUCUGCGUGGCCCUCAGCGCCUACGACCUGGUGCUGGCUGAAGAUGAGGAGAUGAACCGGAUGCACGAGAGCAUGAAGCUGUUCGACAGCAUCUGCAACAACAAGUGGUUCACAGACACGUCCAUCAUCCUCUUCCUCAACAAGAAGGAUCUCUUUGAGGAGAAGAUCGUGCACAGCUCCCUCACCAUCUGCUUCCCCGAGUACACAGGGGCCAACAAGUAUGAUGAGGCAGCCAGCUACAUUCAGAGCAAGUUUGAGGACCUGAACAAGCGGAAGGACACCAAGGAGAUCUACACCCACUUCACCUGUGCCACCGACACCAAGAACGUGCAGUUUGUCUUUGACGCCGUCACCGACGUCAUCAUCAAAAACAACCUGAAGGACUGCGGGCUCUUCUGAGGGCUGGUGCUGCCCAGGACCCCUGGCUGCGCUGGCGGAGGAAGGACCGUGCCCCCCCCCCACUCCUGCUUCUCUCUGGACCCAUCCCUCCACCCCCACUCCAUGAAGAGACUUUUUGGGUGGCAGGGCAUAUGUCUCCCCUACCACCCGUGCUCUCACCCUACCAUCCUCUCCCCACUCCUCCUCCUCCUCGCCGGCGUCACCCUUCCUGGGAAAAUGAGGUUUUAAUCUUGGUUUUGAACCCCGAACUGCUCCAGCCCCGCCCCGUUUCUCACUCCCGAGCCCUGGCGCUCUCACUGUUUACAUUGCAAGUGUUGCUGGCAUGGGGAGGAUCCACGGGGGUCCCCUCGGGGCUGCCCACCCGGCCAAAAACACACUCGAUGACAUUCCUUUUAGUAAACCAGAAAACAAACAAACCUCCCCCCCCCACAAACCAACCCCCAACCCCACGCGAAAAACAACACCCACACCACACUGGCUGGGGCCAGGUUGCUUUUUAAAGAAACCUUUUUACCAAACUAUUUAAAAGCAUCAAGUGCUACGUGGUGGCAGUGUCCUCCACGGCCAGCCCACCCCUACCCGUGUGCCUUGGGGGGGGUCCGUGCCCCCCUCCCCGCCUCACCACCCUCUCCCCCGCCAGGCGGGCAGGGACUGGGCAGGAGGGUGGGCAGGGGGGUGCUGCCCGCUGCCUGUAUCCCCCCCCCUUCUUUCUAAGCCUAGUUUUGUAGGGCUGUAGCUGUUGCGUUGGGCGAGGAGAGCCCGCUGUACAGAGCGGCCCCCGCUGACCCCCCAGCCCGGGGAGGUCUCAGCCGGGGCCCACGGCCUCGCUUUUUCCCAUGGGGUGUUUUACCCAGUUGUUCACAUGGUUUGAAAUAAUAAAAUGUAGAAAGGAGAAAA